AUGUCAGUGUGCGAUAAAUACACAACAGCACUUCUCAUGGACAACAAUGCCACAAACCAGUACACCUUGCUGACACUGCUUGUCAACACUGUUGUCAUUGGAAACUACACUCAACCCAACAAGAACGCUGUCGCAGGCAUUCUGGCCAAGGGCACCUACGAAGGCGAAGAGGUCAACCUCCUGCCAUACUUCGACGGUACCCUGAUGUCGAGCAACCGCGGUGGCUCCAAAGGAGUUUCCAUCAACUUCCUUGACGGCGGUGGUGCCGCUCCGUUGAUGGAGAACAAGCCUGCCAACAACGAGACUUCGAACCAAUACUUCCUCCUUACGCACCUCUACCAGUUCUUCGGCAAGUUGCUCGGCUGCUCCGAGUACGGCUCCAUGGGCUUCCCAGCUUACGCUGGACAUGACAUGGCUUCCGCACACGCCUUCAUGAACCUCGAUCCCUCCGAAUUCGGAUACUUCGUUCAACAGGUCGGCAUGGCAGCCACCUCGUUCGGUGUUACGGAAGAUGAUGUCACUGCCGUCGCGAUGGCGCUACAGAAGCUGUUCGGAUACAGGUGCAGCCCGCCUACGACCGUCAUUCCAGAGCAAGGGGCUACGCUCAACAGCAUCUGCCAGAACGAGAAGUGCCCGCUUGACCCUAUGGCCACGUGCGCUGCGUACCCGAACAAUGGAACGGCGAUGGAGCCCAUGUCGGCGAGUGGCAUGAUGAAUGGAACGAUGCCGAGCUCAACUGGAAUGAGCCCUUCGGCUUCGGCUACGUCGACGAUGGGACCGGACUUCACGGGAGCUGCCGUAUCUCAGCGUGCAGGGUUUGCGGCGAUGGUCGGAGGUUUGGCCCUUGCGAUGGCUUUGUAA